UUGAGAAAAGAUCUGUCAAUGUUGUUCUUCGACCGUCAACCUAUCCGAGUUUCUUUGUGAAAAUUUUUUGUUUGCGAUGGGUGAUGGAAACGAAGGCGAGAAACAACCCCUUUUAGGGAACGAAGGUAGCACUUACAAUGGGGAAGUCGCAGGACAACAGGCGACUGUGUCCCCAAUCGGUCCAGAUGAACUUCCUCCUCCGUUCUAUCAACCGUCUGAAGGUGGCGGAGUCCCUAUGGUGACAUGUCGAGUAUGCCAGGCGAUGAUUGAUAUUUCGGGAAAGCGCGAUCAGCACGUUGUGAAAUGUUCACAGUGCAACGAGGCAACGCCCAUAAGGAAUGCCCCUCCUGGGAAGAAAUACGUGCGUUGCCCCUGCAACUGUUUGCUCAUAUGCAAAAGCUCUUCGCAGAGAAUCGCUUGUCCUCGACCCAACUGCAAGAGGAUCAUCAACUUGGCACCAAGUCCCGUGACUCCACCUGUGCCAACGAUGCCCGGCAUGUGUCGGGUAACUUGUGGCCAUUGCCAUGACACGUUCUUGUUCAACACGUUAAAUAACGCACUGGCCCGUUGCCCCCACUGUCGGAAGGUCUCAUCCGUUGGACCGGACUACGCCAGGGGCAGGGGAAACAUAUUUUUCAUUUUGACCAUAGUAUGCCUAAUCAUCGGUAUCGGGGUGACCGUAGGGACUCUGACUUACGCGAGGAACCACAGCGGGAUUUACGUAGCUUACGCCGGGGCCUUCAUCCUGGCGAUCAUAAUGUUAGUCCGUAGCUUGUAUUACUAUUUCAUGAAAGUGAGCAUCAUAGAAGGACCCAUGUAAUGGGGCCGAUGCGCCGAUGUAUUUUUUUUUUAACACAUAGAAAUAUGCUUGUAAAUAAUUUAUAGAAUGAUAAUCGAUGUGUUUGUAUGUGUUGUUUCUCUUUACGGGCGUCUUCUAUUCAGACGUGUUAUCAUCUAUACAGAGUGAUUCAAUAACAAUGGGAAAGUCGGAAGCUGAAGAUACUACACGUGAAAUGGUGAGCAUUGGCGCGAACGUGCCUUAAUCGAAAGGUGAUAGUUUAGGAGAUACAGGGUGUUGAAAGUUAAUAUUUUAAAUCGUUUUUUUUUGCGGUUAUUCUGAAAAUAUGUAG